CGGGUACCAGUCUAGCUACCUACCAGCCCGCAUAUUGACGCCACCAUAGGACGCCACUGUCUUCCGUAAGCGGCCUAUAUCAAAAUGGAAGAAAUAGGUAUCACAGUUGGAGACAAGGAAGAAACUCCCACUAGCCCUGAAACGAAACAGACACCACCACCUGCACUUGGUGUUGAUCUCCCGGAUGGAGAUGAUCUUUACACAAAGUACAAGAAAUUGCAAAGGCAGCUGGAGUUCCUCGGUGUUCAAGAGGAAUACAUUAAGGAUGAACUAAGGAACUUGAGGAAGGAGUUCCUCCAUGCUCAAGAGGAGGUGAAACGUAUACAGAGUGUUCCUCUAGUGAUCGGGCAGUUUCUUGAAGCUGUUGAUCAGAACACAGCAAUAGUUGGUUCAACCACAGGCUCCAACUACUAUGUCCGGAUUCUGUCGACUAUAGACAGAGAACUGCUGAAGCCAAGUGCCAGUGUGGCAUUACACAAGCACAGCAAUGCAUUAGUUGAUGUGUUGCCCCCUGAAGCUGACAGCAGCAUCUCCAUGCUGGGUGCUGAUGAGAAGCCAGAUGUAGGUUAUGCGGACAUUGGAGGGCUUGACAUCCAGAAGCAGGAGAUGAAGGAAGCCGUGGAGUUGCCGCUCACUCACUUUGAGUUGUACAAACAGAUCGGCAUUGAUCCGCCGCGUGGCGUGCUGAUGUUUGGCCCGCCCGGGUGCGGCAAGACCAUGCUGGCAAAGGCUGUCGCACAUCACACGACUGCUGCAUUCAUCCGCGUUGUGGGGUCCGAGUUUGUGCAGAAGUAUUUAGGUGAAGGGCCCCGAAUGGUUAGAGACGUAUUCAGGCUUGCCAAGGAGAAUGCACCAGCGAUCAUAUUCAUAGACGAGAUUGACGCAAUAGCCACAAAGAGAUUUGAUGCCCAGACAGGAGCUGACAGAGAAGUACAACGAAUCUUGCUUGAGCUGCUCAAUCAGAUGGAUGGAUUCGAUCAGACUGUCAAUGUAAAGGUAAUAAUGGCAACCAACAGACAUGACACCCUAGAUCCAGCGCUGCUAAGACCAGGGAGGCUGGACAGAAAGAUAGAGUUCCCCAUGCCCGAUCGCAGACAGAAACGACUCAUCUUCUCCACAAUUACCAGUAAGAUGAAUCUGAGUGAAGAAGUAGACCUGGAAGAUUAUGUUGCUAGGCCUGAUAAAAUCUCUGGUGCAGACAUCAACGCCAUCUGUCAGGAGGCUGGUAUGCAAGCUGUUAGAGAGAACAGAUAUGUAGUCCUCGCUAAAGAUUUUGAGAAGGGCUACAAAAGCCAGAUCAAGAAAAACGAAUUUGACCAUGAAUUCUAUAAGUAAGCGAUCACGAGAUCAUCUGCUUGGGAAAAAUCGACUGAAAUCUGAGAUAAAAUCUGACCAUCUUACUUCUAGGAUGUGCGAGGACUGUGUCAACCCACGAAUAUUUAUAUACAGGUUUAUAUGUUGUCCAGCUUGUUUAAUGAUUUUCCAAACUGCAUGUGAUGUGAGUAUGAGAAGCAGAGUGUGACUCAGAAACGUGGUUACUAUCUUGUGUGUAGCUAUCUCUAAUGUAAUCCUCAGAGAAGGUUAUCCUCAUAGUUCAUCACUCUUAGUUAUGUAACUUAAGUUUAGUGUUCUAGGAUAAGCCAAUAAUGAAAAUAUAGGAUAUUUUGGCACUCUAUGUUUGAUUGAAACCAUCUACUUGAGAUUUGAAUUACCCUUAUUACAUUCUGACACGUAGGUAACUUGUGAGGUUUUGAAAUCUUCUAUAUAAAAAUGAAAAUAUAAAGCGCCACCCAGCCAGCAUAUGCCUGAGACUUACGUGUAUGGGAACCUCCGACUAGUUUUGCAAGGAUAUAAUGCUAAGGCAAAAUGGAUGUGUGUACUGUAUAUAACAAAAAGUAAUAAAAUAAGUUCAAUGAAUGAUA